ACCAGACGAGGACAGAGGACGGAAACCAGAAAAGAGGGAAAAGGGAAGAAUCCUCAAAGGCAUGCAGACAAACGAGAUGAACGUUUUACUAGCUGUGUUUUGCGUGUUUAGCAUCCUCCAGCUCUGUCACGGAGUAUCCAGCAGUGGAGAAUGCUACUUCAACUCAAAAGCCAGCUGUGAACACAACGGCCGUGUAUUUGACAUCGGGGAGGCCUGGAUAAACGACGAAUGUUUCCAGUGUGUGUGUUUCGAGCCGUUUGGAGUGGGCUGCUGUGAACAUGGAAAGCAGCCAGUCGAUUACCCGUUCUGGUGCGAAGCCAUUAGGAAACCAGAUUCCUGCACAGUUGCUGUGGUGAUGAAGGCCAACCAUAAACUUCCCUGUCUGUUUGGGGGGAAGAACCGCCUUUGGAAAUCAGAGAACGACCCACUCUUCUAGACUGCACUACUGAAUUCACUCAUGCAAAACACUCAUUUAAAUAUACAGCUUAUUCACUAUGUUUCCCAAUAUACACACACACACUGAUCAAAAGUUGGGGUCAGUAAGAUAUUUAACAGUUGUUUAAAGAAGUCUCCUAUUUAUUUAAAAUAACGGUAUUCUAUUUUAAAGUAAUUUAUUCCUGUGGUG